AAAAAAAACUACGCUUCAAAUAUACCGCGUGUAUUCCCUGCGCACGCUACGUUUAUACCAUUUCGGUGCAAAAUUGUUGUGGAUCGCUGGAAUCCACGCUGUUUAUCAAUUAUAUUUGGGUGGAUUUCAGCGAUCCACAACUGAAAAAAAGUACUUUUAAUGUAAAUUCAUAUCAUCACUGUGCACUCCAGCAUCACAUACAUUAAAUUCCUUUGGUGCUUACGUUGUUUUUUCAUACCAUUUGAACAAACACAAAAGUGAUGUGUUGGGCUAAAGCUGUUUUCGAAAAUGAAUAAUCGUUUGUUGUGCGACGUUUCGCUCUUAUUAGGAGCAUCAUCAGGCUGGGGAACAAAAAUGUACAGAAAAAACAAGUUAAAAAUUGGCAACAGCCAAAAAUAACCAAAUUACGAACCAGUUACAUCUGAAUUUGAAAUGUUUUCGAACGUAUUCAAUUUUUUCCUAUCAAUUUUCACAAAUUGUAUCAGCUACAUGUGUUCAUCAGAAGGAAUUUUGUUAUUGAGCUUCAUUUAGUGUCUGAAUAUGAUUACACUAUGCAACAACAAGAAACAACCACAGAGAAGUGAACUUAUUUCCAAUGUUUUUGGGCCCAUUUAAUCCAAAUCUGGUGUUAGUUUGUCCUGGCACGUCUAGUUUUUAAGAUACGUUCAUUGCGGUUUCCGUAUCAGAUUUCGAUUAAGUGGACCAAAAAAACUUGGGAAUGAGUCUACUGUUUUUUGGAGAAUUUCGUUUUCGAAAUUUGCUGCAUAGUGUUAGUAGACCUCAAUUCAUAUAUUCCAUAACUGAAAAAUACCACAAUUCAUCAAUUAUUGAUUGCAUGGCACGUGUCAACUAUUAGUAGAUGAAUGGUAUAAGGCAGCACCGCACGUGGAAGACCAAACGAAUUCAAAGGAUCUUCUAAAGAAGUAAAAGACGGUUCUCUACUAUCAUUGUGCAACAGGUUAAAACUCUGUUUGGUUGGCAAAUUAAAAUGAAGCUACUACACGGUUUGUUUUCGGUGCUAUUUAUCAUUGAAUUUUCGGAACUUCAAGGAAAACAUGGCUUUUUCUCGCAAGCUCUUCUCAAGGGCGAAGUGAUUGAAAACAUGUCACAGGCAAAGUUUGUAGCUGGAAUCCAUGUCCCCGCAAACCAUCCAAAUGAUGCCAAUAGAAUAAAGAUGAGUACUUGUACCGCAUUUAUUCUGUCGAAAACGGAAAUUAUCACGAAUGCCCAUUGUGUGUAUGACGCCCCAUAUGUUUAUGUGGUAGCUGGUACGAAAGUUGUAUCAGAUGCAAACCAGAAAAUUAAAAUCAUAGUCGAAAAAGAGAACAUUGCAUGGCACUCUCAUUAUAGUCACUUGAUUUUUGGUGCAUUUGAUAUUGCCAAAAUUACACUGAAAACGCCGUUAGAAUUCAGCGAUACCGUUGGUAGUAUCGAACUCGUGGAUAAGGAUUACAAAUUGAAUGACCCAUCAGAAGUGGUCACUGCCUAUGGAUAUGGCGUGUUGAACAACACCAGACCAUCGAUAUUGAGGCGUUGCGAUGCAAACUAUAUAUCUGAUGUCGAACGAGCCAACACAUUUAAGCCAAGGCAGACUUUGGACUUUACAACUGGUGAAGCUACGAACGAUGGUGAAAUUAUUACACCUGGCGAUUCGGGUGGACCAGUCGUUUCAAAAACAAAUGGCAAAAUCGUGGGCAUAAAUACGGGUUAUAGAACAACAGGUGGCCGCGGAUCGUUCCUUCCAAUUACUCUAUUUCUUGAUUUUAUUCAUGACCCAAAGAGCGUGAAACCAAUUCCACCUCCGCUUACAUCUAACGAAGCUAAAUUUAUAGCCGAUAUAAUGGCACCGGCAAAAUUUCUUACUGCUUACAAAGAAGAUUAUGCCGAUGCUAACGAAACUAAUCAACUAAAUUUUAAUGCAAUCAUUUUGUCAAGAACGGAGAUUUUGACCUGUGCGCAUAGUGUGCUCGGCGCCCCAUAUGUCUACCUCACCGUUAAUAAACUAUCAAGAAAUGCGACAAAACUUAAAGUCACUAAAGACCAGAUAGAAAUUCAUGAGAAAUGCGCAUUGUCGAGAUUCGCAUUUAACGUUGCCAAGAUUACACUUGAAGAACCGUUGGAGUUCAACGAUAACGUCGGCAGCAUCGAUUUGGUGGACAGAGAUUACAAAAUGAAUGACCCGUCCGAAAUUGUCACUGUCUACGGUGAUAUGGUAUUGGAUGGAACAGUGAGAACGAGGCGUUUUGAUACAAAGUAUUUGGAUGGCGCCAAAUGUAAACCGAAAUUGGGUGCUGCAUUUGAUGCAAAUCAUUUGAUGUGUUACACUUCAGAUGGAAGCAUGGAAACUUCCUCUACGUUUGGUCCAAUUGGAGGUCCAAUGAUUUCGAAAAAGAAUAACAAACUCGUGGGCAUGACCAUAUUUCAUUUGGUUGGUGAGCUAGUUGUUUUUCAACCGAUUGCACCGUUGCUUGAUUGGAUCCGGAAGCCAAAGGUGAGACGUAAUCAAAUAAGAAGUAUAUAGGCUUGAAAAAA